UGACGGACGUCCAACGUGCGGAGAAGUGGAGAAACAAAUUCAUCUCUCUCUCUCUCCCCUUAAAACGCACGGCACGACGAUCCUCCAUUGACUUGUAAAGCCGGUAGCAAUCUUCAUUCCCAGGAUAGCGGACGAUUCCCGCGACGCUAGACCUUCCCCGCCCAAAAUUAAUUUCCCUCGCUUUCUCGCACUUUCUCUCUCAUUUUAUUUUGCCCGUUAAAUUUCCCGAUCUACUAGUCGGGAGAACUCUGCCUCUGCCUCUGCCUCUGCCUCUACUGCUAAUUUAAAAGGAAAUAAACACAUAGAUCACAAUUUUUUCAAGCAUGUCGAAAUCGCUUCCUUAUUCGAUGAAAGAUGUUCACUAUGAUAACGCCAAGUUCCGUCACCGAUCUUUCUUCAAGGUGAUCACUCAGAACCUACUUACUAGUAACAAGAAGCGUGAAUGUGUAAGUUGUAGUACAGGGAAGUUUCUGGGGUUAUUAAUGAUCUUUGGCUUAGCGUAUCUAAUGUUGACUCAUGAAAAUAGCAGAGAUUCUGUUUCUGAUGGAUUAGCAAAAGGUGUUAGGACAAAUGAAGAACAUAAGGUAGUUACUGAUGUUGGCAUCAGAUUUAAAAAGAUUUUCAGAAGAGCGCCCAGGCUUCCUCCUCGAUUAUCUCCAGAUGAAAAAGUUAGUUAUGGUAAUUUCACUGGUAAACCCAUUGAGCCUAACGUAGAAGCAAAUUGGAAUGCUAGGCAACAAAAUGUAAAGGAGGCUUUCACCCAUGCAUGGUCUGGCUAUAAAAAGUUUGCAAUGGGUUAUGAUGAGCUUAUGCCAGUGAGCCGUCAUGGAGUUGAUGGGCUAGGAGGUCUAGGUGCUACCAUUGUAGAUGCUCUUGAUACUGCCAUGAUAAUGGGCCUAGAUGAAGUUGUUUCCGAAGCAGGCUCAUGGAUUGAGUCGCACCUUUUAGAAAGGAUUAGUCAGAAAGGGCAAGUUAAUUUAUUUGAAACUACAAUACGUGUUUUGGGUGGUCUGUUGAGUGCAUAUCAUUUGAGUGGGGUGGACCAGGGCGUAAACUCAGCACACAAGGGACCAAAACCUACGAUUUAUCUAGACAUUGCAAAAAACUUGGCCAAUCGUCUGCUGUCUGCUUUUUCUUCCAGUCCAACUGCCAUUCCUUUCAGUGAUGUCAUACUACGUGAUUCCUCAGCUCAUCCAGCUCCUGAUGGACUGAGUAGUACUUCAGAAGUUUCUAGUUUACAGCUUGAGCUCAAUUACCUCAGUGCAAUUUCUGGUGAUCCAAAGUAUAGCACAGAAGCGAUGAAGGUUUUGGCUCAUUUCAAGACUCUCCCAAAGGUUGAAGGACUAGUUCCUAUCUACAUCAGCCCUCAUUCUGGUGAAUUUAGCGGGGAAAAUAUUAGACUGGGAUCUCGAGGUGAUAGCUAUUAUGAGUAUCUAAUCAAAGUGUGGCUUCAGCUACGAGCUAUUAAGGAUGGUAAUUUCUCAUAUCUAUAUGAUAUGUAUGAGGAAGCAAUGAAGGGUGUUAGACACUUACUUGUUCAGAAAUCAAUUCCAAAUGAAUUGGUUUUUGUGGGGGAAUUGCCUUAUGGAUCCAAAGGUUCUUUCAGUCCAAAAAUGGAUCACCUGGUGUGUUUUUUGCCUGGUACUCUUGCGCUUGGUGCCACUAAAGGCAUCACAAAGGAGAAAGCUAUGAAGGACAACCUUCUUACAUUUGAAGAUCUACAAAACUUGAAACUUGCAGAAGAUUUAGCCAAGACAUGUUUUGAGAUGUAUUCAGUAACUUCCACCGGUCUGGCUCCUGAAAUUGCAUACUUCCAUACUGAGGAAUAUUUUGAAGAUGGUCUUGAUGGUGGAAAUAAGAGUUCAGAAUAUGUAAAUGACAUAAUAAUCAAACAAGCUGACCGUCACAAUUUAUUGCGUCCUGAAACUGUUGAAUCCUUGUUUGUAUUGUAUCGUAUCACUCAAGACCAAAAAUAUCGCGAAUGGGGUUGGCAGAUUUUUGAGUCAUUUGAGAAAUACACGAAGGUGGAUUCUGGUGGAUACACUUCUUUAGAUGAUGUCACCACACUUCCUCCUCAAAGAAGGGACAAGAUGGAGACAUUUUUCCUUGGUGAAACGUUGAAGUAUUUGUACUUGCUCUUUGGGGAUAGCUCUGUUAUGCCAUUGGAUAAAUAUGUUUUUAACACAGAAGCUCAUCCUUUCCCAAUUAAAGAUGCUAUUUAAAGGGUGGCACUAAUGUGAAGAGAAGCAUGUAACAGCUUAGUGUCUCUUGGCCUGGGCACAGAAUCCACCGGUCUUUGACAUGGUUUAGUAGUCUGAAGGCAAUCCAUGUGUACUUGACCAGGACCCUAGGUUACCAAUGUGGUGGCUUAACUUUAUAUGUGUUCAACACAUCAAUGAGUUUAUCUGCACUUAGACGCCUACAAAAAGAAAUGUUAUGAUGGCAUUUACCUGGCCCGCGUAAUCAUGACAGGGUUGUAACAUGUAUUUGUUCUGAUAGACAUUUUUGGAGGUUAUGUAUGGAUGGGGUUUG